AUGUCCGAAAAUGAAGACCAAGAAGUAUUAUCAUUAUCUCCUAUUUUUCCUAUAAUCAUCUUUCCUUCCACCUUUGAUUCGUAUUUGCAAUCUUACGAAAAUCGGCCAAUUGGACCCUCGGAUGAUCUACCUGCAACGGUUACAACGCGUUCUCAAGAAUCCAAUUCGUACUCGUUUGAAUUUGAUCAUAGUGGUUCUGAUUCGACUGCUUAUAACGUCGCGAAUUCAAAACCUUUUCACGUAAAACAACCAGUGAAACUCUCAAACCAAUCUUUGGAUUUUGGGAUCGAUAGCCAUGCGUUAUACUAUAGGACGAACGUUCAAAAUUCAUCUGCAGAAUUUUAUGAGUAUUUACCUAAAAUCAAUUCCAAUAACGGAUAUACAGAAAAUCUAUUCGUAGUUGACUCGGAAAUCCCAUUUCCUUCAAAUGAAAAAGUAGUUAUUGAUGGUUAUGUUAUUGGGUUGCCGAAGUUCGAGGAGGCAAUCGAAGUCGAAAUAAAUCAAAUGAUCUAA